GAAAGACCAGGAAGGAGAGCUACGCUAUCUACGUGUACAAGGUGCUGAAGCAGGUCCACCCCGACACCGGCAUCUCCUCCAAGGCGAUGGGCAUCAUGAACUCGUUCGUCAACGACAUCUUCGAGCGCAUCGCCGCAUCUGUUGCAUGUGGCUCCACCUCCCGUGUCUUGGCUUCAACUAGGUCCUGUAGAGGAGCAUAAGAGGCGUGUACAGAGUUGCAGCUCUUCAUUCGUGUUCGUUGACUGACUGAAGAUCUAGAGAAGAUGUCUGGCCGAGGUUUGUAGACACAUUAUACGGGAACUGAAAAGAAGAAGGACUAUUGAUACAAAAAAACAAGAAGCGUUCCGAGGGGCGGAGCUUCUCCUACUUUGAAUUUCGGAGUCUAAAUAAGCGGCUGCGCGCGGCUCCUCCUCAUUCUUCAGUCGUACUCGAAGAGAAGAGCGAUGCCUGAGCCAGCAAAGUCCGCCCCGAAGAAGGGAUCCAAGAAAGCCGUGACCAAGACGGCCGGCAAAGGAGGGAAGAAGCGCAGAAAGACCAGGAAGGAGAGCUACGCUAUCUACGUGUACAAGGUGCUGAAGCAGGUCCACCCCGACACCGGCAUCUCCUCCAAGGCGAUGGGCAUCAUGAACUCGUUCGUCAACGACAUCUUCGAGCGCAUCGCCGGUGAGUCGUCCCGUCUGGCUCAUUACAACAAGCGCUCCACCAUCACUUCCAGGGAGAUCCAGACCGCCGUGCGUCUGCUUCUUCCCGGUGAGCUGGCCAAGCACGCCGUGUCCGAGGGCACCAAGGCCGUCACCAAGUACACCAGCUCCAAGUAGAAAGUGACGAAGACUUUCUCAACCCCAACGGCUCUUUUAAGAGCCACCCACGGUUUCAUAUAAAGAGUCUUUUUUGUGUUUUAUGUAACGCGAGAUAAUCGUUCGACGAAAGUUGGGUAACUUUCUGUUUGAGUCCGUGUUCCCGCGCAAUUUCUCAGUCUCCUUAUGUAAUACAAGGUUCACUAAAACUGCCUUUGUUUUGAUGUUUGUGUUUUGGCGUAGUUUGAAUAAUCAAGAGUGAGCUCAGGAUAUGGUAAAAUGUUGGUUAACAAUCAAAUAAUACACAGAUAUUUUUUGAUUUGAUUUUUAGGAAACAGCAGCUAAAAAUGCGCGGGAAGAUUAAGAAAAGGAAAGUCUUUAGCAGCAGGAGGGGGAGGAGGGAGUUGGGCAAGUUGAAGAUAUGUAGAGAUUUUUGUAAUAUUGCCAUGUAGAGGGUCGAGUUUAACACCCCUGCUUUAUUGUGUGGAUAGUGGUGUGUUAUGUACUAAAAUCUUAUAUAAAUGUGUUUCUACCUGAAAUGUAUAUUAUACAGAAAAAACAGAGGCCUCUUUUAGUUAUCAUGCUUCUAUGCUGUGGAACUCCAUUCCACCUUUUAGUAAACAGCUCAGUGCACACUUUUAAGAAACAUUUGAAAGUGUAUCUCUAUUUUUUUUGUUGUUCCUUUUCUUCCUUUACAUGUAUUUGUGAAUAGAAAAUGGGUGCCCAGUUAUGUAUGUUUGUAUUAUUACGAGCUGUUUAUUUACAUAUUCCGUUAGUGUUCUUGUGUGUUUUAUACAUUUGAAGGCUUUCCAGAGUGGAGUCAGAAGAGGCCUGUGUGUGUGUGUGCGGAAUAAAAGUAAACCAAUCAAACUGCAUAAAAUACUAAAAAUAAAAUAUUUAUAAAUGAAUAAAUAUAUAAAGGUUACAGUCAUAUCUUGCAGAGACGUGCUGAACUUGGAACCAUUUUUAAAACUGAAUUAUUUCUAAAAUAAAUACAAAUGAAAUAAGGUUAUAGGAAUAGGAUGUGUAACGUCUAGGCUUUAAUCUUUUGAGCAGAAAAAACAUGUGUUUGAGUUCAUGAUGCACUUAAAGUAAGCAAAAGUAGGCUCAGAGCUAGACAUGAAGCUUAUAAUGUAAAGAAAUUAACCCUUGUGUUGUCUUGAGGGUCAAAAGUGACCCACUACCAUGUUUAGCUGUAGAAAAAAUACCCUAACCUAUCUUUUUCCACCUUGAAAUUUUAUGACUUUUCCUAAAGGGAUCCCAUCAUAAGAAAAAGUGAUAUUUUGUUUUUGUUUAUGUUUCCAUGUGAGCUGUACACCACUAGGGUACAAAUAUUGUCUUAUGGGUCAUUUUUGACCCGUGAAUUAUAAAAGCAUUUAAACACCAGAAAAAAAGUUCAAAGGCCACACACAAACUCUCUAAUACACACACACACACCUACACACACACACACUCAUCAAAGAAACUGGAUUGAUGUAUGAAUUGAACUUGCUUUUGACCUGCACCUACACUCUUGAUCUGCAGCUAACCCCUCACAUCACACAAGCUCCCAAACAAAACAAACAACAAUCUCAGACAUAGUAAAACAAUAAAAACAAAUUCAAUAUAGAGGAUAUAAAGAGACCCCGAAUCAAAGUACCCCUAGUUCGUUCCUUGCUGAAGCCAUGAAUAGAUGUCUCAGUGCUCAACAGGUCCUGGAUGAGAUAUUUUCAGGAGCUGUGUAGGAACAAGAGGAUGAAGAUGUAUCUGAAGAGGAAGAUGGGGAGGAGUGCAACCCAGAGGAUGAAGCAUCUUCAGAUGAAGAAGAAGAGGAAAUCCCUCAAGCUGACAGAGAGACUUUUUUGUCAAAGAAUGGCAAAAUUGCAUGGUCCUCAUCAAAUUCAGACAGCAACCAGGGAAGAACUGCAGCAUCAAACAUCAUAAGGAUGACUCCAGGACCAACAAGGUAUUCGGCUGCCCAUGUCCAGGACAUUUCAUCCACCUUUCUCCUGUUCAUCACACCAGCCAUCGAAAAAAUCAUCCUGGAGAAUACAAAUUUGGAGGGUUUCCGGAAAUAUGGAGAAAACUGGAAAAAUAUGGAUGAGAUUGACGUACAUUAGGUCUACAUUGGCUACAUAGGGCUUUUGAUAUUAGCAGGUGUAUAUAGGUCCCGUGGCGAGGCUACAUAUACAGAAGGAUGUUCCUUGAGCAGUUGGGAAAGGCUCUUGUCACUCCGUGCAUUGAGAAAAGGGAGUGCCUGCCUCGCACAGAAGCCACUGCAGCCAUUGUGGAAGCUGUUCAAGGAGUUGUAUCUUGUCCUGAUCCACCUGAGGCUGCAGCAGGGUCAGUCAAAAGAAAAAGGUGCCAGUUCUGCCCCUGGAAGAAGGACUGCAAGACAAAAUCUGUGUGCUGCACAUGUGAGAAGUACAUCUGCAAAGCCCAUUCGCACGUUUGCACAUACUGUCCAACAUGUGCUAAAUAGAGUUGAUGGUGAAAAGUGUUCACAAAAUCAAGUAAAAUUUUGUUUUAUUAGUGUUAUGAGAGAAGUAUUUUAAUAAUUCACUUCCUAAAAAUUAUAAAAGAAUAAACUGUUGACAAAAAAGUUCCAGAUUGUUGACUAUUUUUUCCCUUUUAAUAUAAUUAAUUGAGGUGUAAUUACUUCACAUUUAUAUUAUAGCAAUAAUAAACCUCUACUGUGUAAAAGUAAACUUUUAUGACAGUGUAAUACUGUUCACUGGUGAUCGUCUUUGUAAUGUGUAAUGCCCUUUGGUAGGGCGGGUCAUUUUGGACCCAUAGGACAAUGGGAGUAAACAGAAUGUUAAGAUCACACAAGGGUUAAG